UCAAAAUGGAUAAAGCAAUUUUAAUUUGUAUUUUCCUGUUGCUGCUGGCUAGAGAUUUUUUAGCAAGUAGAUUUGAAAUGAAUUUAGUAAAGCAACUGAGCAACAGGAACUUACCGCAGAACUUUGUGGUCUCUCCAUUUGCCGUUCGCCAGGCUCUGGUCCUGCUGUAUCUGGGAAAGGGUACUCGCAAAGAUUACCAAUUGGCCAGAGCUCUUCGAAUGACUGGGCGUCAGAAUGGCAAGAUCGUAUCCUAUUUCGGCAAGGCCCGUUUCAAAGCCAUCAAGCAAGAGUUUACAAUGGCAAAUCGAAUUUAUUUAUCACCGAGCUACAAUGACUUUGAGCAAAUGAAGAAAUUGAGUGGAAAUCUCGGUGUAGAUGUGGAAAACAUGAAGUUCUCCGAGAACACCAAGUCUGGGGAUGAGAUCAAAAAGUGGGUAAAUAAAUUAAUUGAGAAAGGUGGACAAAAUGUUUUUAACAAGAAUGAUUUAACGAAAAACACAAAUAUGGUGGCAGUGCAAAAAGUUUCUGUAUCAUCUUUGUGGAAACAUCGGGCCAGAUCGCUGGCGAAAAUGCCCUUUAGUAUUGCAAGGCCGAACAAGAAAGCAUUCGUCUAUAAGGUCCAAAUGAUGUACACUGUGGCGCCACUUGAGUAUUUCAACGACGACGAAAUUCGAGGUGUUAUGAUCCCAUUUUCAAAAACCGAUAUUGGCAUGCUGGUGCUAUUGCCCAGACGAAAUCUAAGCACCCAGAAAGUCCUACAAAAUCUAGAUAAAUAUUUGCAUAAAUUGCAAAAAGCCGAGGAUACGCAUCUGCUAUUACCCAUUUUCAGUGUUCAAGAAACCUUGGACCUAAACGUAGCCCUACAAGCUUUGGGCAUCAAGAAAAUAUUCACUGACGAUGAUGAGGAUUCGAAUGCGACUGUGGCAAGUUUUAAGCAGUUUUCCGCACUGGAAUCCAAGCCAAAUCGGGUGUUGAUGAGCGCGGAUUUCGGGGGCGAUAAUGACCAAAGAGUCGUCAAUGUCAACAAGCCAUUUGUAUUCGUUAUCAAGGAUCAGAGCACCGUUUACAUGGUCGGACGAAUAGAGGCGAUUCGAUAGUGCAGUUGCAGUUCCAGUUGCAGGAAAUUCCAGUGAAAUGUCAGCUAACAGUGUAAAUUAAAUUAACUUGAAUUAAGCCAAACAA